CCGUUUUUGGUUGUUCAUAAAAGCACGAAAGAGACCACGUUGAGAUUAUUCUUUAACCCAGUGUGAGGGGAGGACAGUAAUUACUCAAAGCAAGCAUUAGUUAAAGUCACAAAGUUUAUGAAAGCACUUUUGAUGGAGUAAUGCUUCCUGCGGUUGCAGUUUUUCACUUCCCCUGGGAAAUCAAUUCUGAUCUGGUUAAAAAUGGAGCCUCUAUCCGGACGUUUGGCAGGCUUACAAAUUAUCUUCCAGAAGAGUCCAAAGCCAUUCUCACAUCCCAUCAUGCAUCAGUGCAGUACCACGUGCCGAUUCAGACCACAUUUGUUGAGCCUUUUGACCCAAUAAUUGGAGCUCAAUACAUUGUACUCGGAGAGAUUGAAAAGCCCGAGGGGGAUGGUGAAGCCAUUGUGCGUGCGCGGAUCUUUAAUUGUGUGGACGGCGUCGAUGUUGCACUGCUACAGAAGGCCAUAAGUGAACAGAGGAUGUUUUUUAAGGAAAGAAACGAUGAGGCUGGUGCACAGUAACAUCAGUUUCCAAACAACCGUAUCACAUGGAGAGAUGCAGUGAGGAGGAUAAAAUAAAAGCAGAGCUGCAAUCAGUCAGAGAGGAAAAUCUCUGAUUGUUAAAAUGUUAUAAUAAAAUGAAAGAAUGUCAUUAUUAUGUCAUUAUGUCGAUCAGACACUCGAAGGCUUUCUAAGGUUGUUAUUAUUAGUGAAAAUACUCAUGCAUAAGGAUUA